UCGCGUGUUUGAAGAAACCGCAAGACUACAGGGAGUUGAAGUUGACCUAGUAAUUUCCUUACAAGCCUUUCGAUGUUUGAGGAUCUGAAGGUCGAGAAAUUUCGCCUCAGUCUCCCUUAAUCUGGAGAGAGCUUCUGCAGAUUUGCCUGAUUUACAGAUUCAUAUCUGCCAAGAAAGGAGGCUUAUUGUUCUGCGGUUUGAUCUUUGGUUGGUGAGAUCAGAUGGCAGAGGCAAGCGCGAACUCCCGAUAUGUGAAGUUGACAAAAGAGCAAACGGCUGUAGAGGACAUUAAGCCUGGUGAGCUUAAUCAGCCCAUUGAAGUUCCUCAGUUGGCUGUUCGCAAGUGCAAUGAAUGUGGGCAGCCUUUGCCCGAAAACUUUGAGCCUCCCGGAGAUGAACCUUGGACGACAGGAAUUUUUGGCUGUACUGAAGAUACUGAAAGUUGCUGGACAGGACUAUUUUGUCCUUGUGUUCUAUUUGGAAGAAAUGUUGAAAGCCUGAGAGAUGAUACCCCUUGGACUACACCAUGCAUUUGUCAUGCCAUUUGUGUUGAAGGUGGAAUGGCACUGGCAGCAGCAACAGCAAUCUUCCAUGGUGUUGACCCAAGGACUUCAUUUCUAAUUUGCGAGGGUUUACUUUUUGCUUGGUGGAUGUGUGGCAUAUAUACUGGUCUUGUUCGGCAAUCACUACAGAGGAAAUAUCACCUCAAGAACUCACCGUGUGAUCCAUGCAUGGUACACUGCUGCAUGCAUUGGUGUGCUUUGUGCCAGGAGCACAGGGAGAUGAAGGGGCGCCUGUCAGAUAACUUUGUGAUGCCAAUGGCCAUUGUCAAUCCUCCCCCUGUUCAAGAGAUGAGCUCUGCUAGCGAGAACCGGGAUUCUGAACCCUCUUCUGACAAAGGCACCAGCUUAGAGAUGCAGGCUUUGUGAAUCCAGUGUUAAGCACAGAAGUCGACUUGGCAAAUUUCUCUUGGAAAAUAAUUUUGUUUUAGCUCUAGGACAAUAUCUUUAUACAUGAAUGAAGAAUGAUGACUAUUUUGCUGUCGAUGAUACAUUUUGUAUAGAAGAAAUUCACAUUUGACAAUUACUGAUGUGUUAUCAUUUUUAAAGCUUUACUACCUUGAUGUUA